AUGUCGCUUUCACAAUAUGGCGUCGACGACGCAGAGCUGCCACAGCAGCCUUUCCUCGCAUACGAGGAGCCCAGAGGCCCCAGCUUCCUCGACACCACCGCAUGUCUUUGCGCUCUUCGCCCACUACCUGGAAGCGACAAACUCGCCCUGGCCACGGGCAAGGGAACUUUCGACAAUGGCGAAGCAGCAUGGCAAUGUAUCGGAAACCAAACCCAGGGUGUUUACAACAUAACAAGCGGGAAAUGGUACAAGACCAAAAGCUCAAAGGGAUCAAUCGUUUUGCCUAUGAACGACAAUUCGAACCCGCCAGUGGGAGACGAUCUUGUGUGGGAUCGCAAAAGCCGGUCUCUCAAGCCCUUGCAAGACAAAAAGACACUCACUGUCUACGACCGAGACUGCACCGGUACAAACCGAUCAAGCUUCUCUACAAGUUUCUACAGAGCCACCUCCCAAAUGCGCGCGAAGCAACUCCCUUAUGAUGCAGCGCCCUGUUGGAGGCCUGGUGCUUUCCCUCUUCAGCUGCAGAACGUGUCGUCAUGGCAGAACGAGGGCUGCAAGGAAGGUUUUCUUUGCCAAAACAACACCAUCAACUCACUUCCUCAGUCAUGUCCUCCUCUGCCGCCUUGUACUGUCGCGCGUCUCUCAGGGAUGACUUGUUCGUUCAAUGGCUCAAACAUAGCCAUGGGUGUCUUCGAGCCCAUCGUUUGCCAGGCAGGUUAUUAUUGUCCUCUGGAUCAGCAGGGUCAGAAGAAGAUCCGCUGCCCCCAGGGCUCAUAUUGCCAGCCCGGUGCUUCUACCCCGACGCCCUGUCUUUCCGGUAGUAGAUGUCCGGAGGGUGCCUCAUACGAAAGAUAUCUAAUUCCCGUCGGCGUCUUGAUCAUUAUCGACUUCCUGCUUAUUGUGGGUAUGUUCGUUUUGAUGUUCCGUACGCGAUGGCAGAGAACUUCCAAGUCGCAUGCCAGUUCAUUAAAGAGGCACAAGACGAUGAGAGCUGUCAAGGCGACAAUUACCGGAAGUGGAUAUAAGGAGCUAUCCGACGACCAUGAUCAAGAUCACGAGAUGGCACCGAUGCAAUCGGGCUAUGGUACAUAUUCGCCAUACGGGCGCGACUUUCGGGAAGGCCGCAGCCGAACUGGUUUCGAAGCUGCUCUCAGCCGAAACAGAAACAGCGUCUACAGUUCCGAGCAAGAGCAGAGAGAAUUAGAUGCCAACCCGCAACUAAAGGCCUUUGUUGAAUCCAUGCGAAGGGCAGCUGAAGCAACCAACUUUGGUCUCUCCUUUAGAUACUCGGAUCUUGUCUUCCAUCCCAAGAAGAGCCCCAAGCCUAUCCUUCAGAACGUGACAGGCUCUAUCGAGCAAGGACAGCUAGUGGCUGUUAUGGGUGGCUCCGGAGCCGGUAAAUCGACCUUCGUCAACGUCUUGAUGGGUAAAACAAGCAACACAGGCGGUAUUGUUGCCGUCAACAAUACCCCAGGAAAGAUGAAGCAGUACAAGAAAUUGACGGGCUAUGUGCCCCAGGAUGAUAUCGUGCUGCCCGAGCUGACUGUAUACGAAAACAUUGUACACUCGGCACGCAUUCGACUUCCUCACAACUGGACAAAGAGCGAGGUUGAAAAUCACGUCGAGGCUGUCAUUGACUGUUUGGAACUGUCCCACGUCCGUGAUUCUCAGGUUGGAAGCGUCAGCAAGCCCGUUAUCAGUGGUGGUCAGAGAAAGCGAGUGAGUAUCGGAAUGGAACUGGCAGCCGCCCCCAUGGCCAUCUUCCUUGAUGAGCCGACCAGUGGUCUGGAUGCAACCGCAGCGUCAUCCAUCAUGCGUACGCUCAAAGCCAUUGCAAGACUGGGUAUCUCUAUUAUCGUCAUUAUUCAUCAGCCCCGAACCGAGAUUUUCGAACUCUUCGAUAACCUCAUCCUGCUUGGUAACGGACAGACCAUCUACGAAGGCCCCCAAUUCGAGUCGCAGACGUACUUCGAGAGCAUGGGCUUCCAGUUCCCCGAACACAGCAACCAUGGUGAUGUUAUUACGGAUAUCAUCACCGGUAACGGCCGAGAGUACAAUAGUGCUGGUAAUGUAUCCAAAGAAGCCCUCAUUGCGCACUGGGCCAAGACACGCCAAACCAAGACAGAGGAGGCUUAUGAGCGCAGGAGCAUCAGGUCCACGAUGCUGGGCGACACGGGCAUGCGUCAGGCCCUCAAGAAGCGCGGUGCUCCGUACAUCAAGCAAGGAUGGCUUUGUCUCUGCCGUGCGAUGCUUCAGCAAUACCGCGCAAGGGGUGCACUGUUUGCAGAGAUGGGUCUUGCCGUACUGGCUGGUGGCCUGCUUGGUCUCGCCAACAACCCUAGGAAAGGUAUCCUUUUUGUUGGUCUUUUCCACGAGCCCUAUGCUGUCUUGUCCACCGCCAUCGACUUCUACGCCGCGCCACAGUUCGCUCUUCUCAUUGCCAUUGCUAUCGGUCUUGUUGCAGGUGCUCCUGGAGUCAAACUGUUCUCCGAAGAGCUGCUCUUGUACAAGCGUGAGGCGGAAGCCGGUCAUUCCAGGAUGGCUUACUUCCUCGCCAAGGUUAUUUCUGUCAUACCUCGCAUGGUUUUGGGGUGUAUGCACUUCACUGUGCCACUGUUCCUUUUGGCGGUACCUGUCAUCGACUGGAGCCUGGCAUUCCUCACAAACAUGUUGUAUUUCUACUGCAUCUACGGCCUCGCGAGUGUCGUCAGCAUGGUGGUCCGUCGGGAAGAUGCACCAUUGUUUGCGACCAUGAUUGCCCUCAUCACUGGUAUUCUCUCUGGAUCCGCGCCGCCGUUACGCUCCGUCAAAGACUGGCACAUGGAGUGGCUGUGGCGAGCGUCUCCUGCGACGUGGCUGGCAGAGCUGUACUUUGGACAGCUUGUCGCGCCUUUUGAGAACAUAUACCAAGUUGACGUAGCAGCGGAGGCGACAGGAUACCAUCUCGACCGUCUGUGGCUCAACAUUGGUGUUUUAGUUGCCAUUGGAACUGCGUAUCGAGUGAUUGCCUUUGCUGGUUUGGUGCUGGGACACGGUUUAAGGAGAUAA